AUGGAAACUAAAAUAUCACGGGCGUUUCUUGCACUCGCUAAGGCGCACGAACAGAAGAAUGAGCUGGACAAGGCAUUGCGCAACUUCGAGAUUGCAUUUCAAUAUAUUCCUGCCUGUCAACCUUCGGCUAAAGAUCACCAUUUAACAGAAUUGGCUAAGAUAGUAACCGAUGAAAAAAAGAAAACUAACUGA